AUCGGUUAGCUUGUUUCGGCGUUUCGUUGGAUCAGCAGAGCGUUAAACCCUAUCCGUUGGAUGUAGCACUACAGGCGUCGAGCACUGGUAAUCCUGCAACCUUCGUCAUGGCGCAUGCGGCGGCGGCCGCCGCCGUGCCGUUACGUCGUCCGCUCCUCUUCCUCAAGGAGGCUCGACUCCUGUCCACACUCGCGACCCCCUUACCUGGGCUCCGCCACCCGCGCGCCCUCCGACCCACAGGCCCCUUGCCCUCCGAUGCCGAGGACACCGACGAUCCAGACGCCGGCGACGGCGCCGCCGUGUCCUUCAAGAAGAGCCGCAACGAACUGAAGCGGGAGGCCCGCCGCGCCGUGAAGUGGGGAAUGGACCUCGCCAAGUUCUCCCCACCUCAGAUCAAGCGCAUCCUCAGUGCCGCGUCGCUGGAGCGCGAGGUGUUCGACGCGCUAAUGCUCGUGAAGAAGUUUGGGCCGGAUGUGCGGGAAGGAAGGAGGAGACAGUUCAAUUACAUCGGAAGUCUUUUGCGCGAUGCACAACCAGAAUUGAUGGAUACUCUAAUACAAGCUUCUAAGGAUGGAGAUGAGAGGAAGUUAUAUACCUUACUUAGUGAAGGUAAACUGUUGGUGGAAGAAGAGGAAGAGGAGGAAGAGGACCUACCUGAUGGAGAAGAGGAGAAUCAAGAGUAUAUGAAAAUUGCAGAUAGAUGGUUUGACGGCCUCCUCUGCAAAGACAUUUCAGUUACUAAUGAAGUUUACUCUGUCCAUAGUGUUGAAUUUGAUCGUCAGGAGCUGCGGAAGCUUGUGAAGAGAGCCCACAUGUUCCAAGAAAGCACACAAAAUAAAGAUGGGGAAGAAUCUAAUGCGAAGCUUUCUGGAGCAAAGAAACCACUUAUGAGGUUCCUUCGUUCCCUUGCAAAGGAGGCUUAUGCUCCAUAGGCGAGCUACAAGCUAUCCUGUUAACUUCUUGUAUCCUUAUGUAUGAAAUUGUAAAAAUUAUCACUAUAUUUAGGGUUGAAACAGGACCGGAAAGUCUUGUCCUGGUCCGAAUACUGUUUUUUCCCGUUCACUUCAGUUAUUUUUCGGUUUCGGAACGAAAACAAGUAGGCAGUGUUUGAAAACGUUUUAACUGAUUUUUCGUUUGUUCUUGCGGUUCCUGUUUUUUCGGUGCAGAGACUGUUGCCGCGGCAAGUGUGACAUGUGUGUAGUGUAAUAUAAUUUCUAACUCAAAUAAUGUCA